AUGGAGAAGAGAUGGGCUCGAGCAGCCCUGGUCGCCUGGUUCAUCUUGUUCGUCGCCGGCUCGCAUGGGUUGGCUCGAAGUGUCAGCCGGAAGCAUAGUCACCACCGUCACAAGGCAGAUGAGAAGGCAUCGGUGGAGGAGUUGGCUGCCGGCGUUGCCACCAUCCACCGCCGUGGGCGUGCAAGAACGGGAGCUCGGUCGACGACGACAAGCGACUCGUACCAACCGGCCCCAACCCCUUGCAUAACAGAUGAAGGAAAAGAAAGCAUCAAGCAGCAGCAGCAGCAGCAGCAGCAGAAGAAGGAGAAGAAGAAGAAGAAGAAGAAGAAGAAGAAGAAGAAGAAGAAGAAGAAGAAGAAGAAGAAGAAGAAGAAGAAGAAUGAUUUUGCAUAG